AAGACGGCUCUUUUGGAACUGUUGCUGAGUAAUGACGAGACGGUGGCGCAGAUUCUCCGAAAGGAGAACAGCACUGCCCCACAGUGGGCCCAGAUUUUUCGGGCAGUGAGUCAGCAGCCGCGAUGCAACAAGGCAAAGGAGAGCACGGACGUCGGGGAGUCCCGCACUCGGGGCGCGACGUUCUAUAAGAUUGGAGAUCUCGAAAUCCUAG